AUGCUCUGCUCUCCUUCUUUGUUUUCUUGGUGUGUUGUGCUCUGUUUUUUUGGCGUGCUGUGCGCUGCUCUUGUUCGUGUGCUGUGCCUUGUUGGCCUUCGCGUGUUGUGCUUUGUCUUGUUCGUGUGUUGUGCUCUGUCUCUUUCGUGGUUUUUUUCGGGAGCGUGCUCCGCCUUGUUCGUGUGCCGUGCUCUGUCUUUAUUUGCGUGCGUUGUCUCUUGUUCGUUUGGCGUGGGUGCUGUGCUCCGUUUUUUUCGCGUGGUGUGUUUUUACUCUCGUGUGCUGUGCUCUGUCUCGUCCGUGUGCUGUGCUCCGUUGCCCUUUUCGUGUGUUUUUCUGGUGUGUUGUGUCCUGUUUUUUCGCGGGCUGCGCGCUGUCUUUUUCGUGUGUUAUGUGCUUCGGCUUUUCGUGUGUUAUGCUUGUUUUUUUCGUGUGUUGUGUCUUGUUUUUUUCGUAUGCUGUGCGCCGUUUUUUCGUGUGUUUUGCUCUGUCUUUAUUUUCGUGCGCUGCGCUCUGUUUUCUAUUUCUUCGUGUGUUGUGCUCUAUUUUUUUCGUCUGCUGUGCUCUGUUUUUUUCGUGUGCUGUGGUUUGUUUCUGUUUUUGGAAUGAAAAGUUACGUUUGUAUAUCAUUAUCAUAUGUAUGCGAGCUGAUGCAGCGCGACUAAUAUGGAAAAGAUUUCAGGUCUGAGGAUGCAAAGGGCUUAUUGUAAGAGAAGGCUCUUAUUGUGAGACAAGUUUCUUAUUGUAAGAAAAAGUGCUUACUGUAAAGAAAUAUUUGAGCAGCAACGAUUGACCUCAGUUAUGUAUGUAUGAAGAUGCCAUUUCUCAUGCAUUGAAAGCGAAGAUCCUGAUACUAUUACUAUGUAAAUCCUGUUCGUAAGUAAAAAAAAAGGCAAGACAGACCUGCACGUUCUACCUUUGGAAAAAAUGUGGAGAAAAAUACAAUAAGAAACAUCAUGCACACUUUCAAAGUCAAAGUAUUUAGUCCAGCACGUAAAAAAAUUAGAAAAUUAUCAUGCUGUCUGCAGCAGCUGCGCCUCCUGUGCGAUCAGGUCGUCAAGAGGGGUUUGCCUCUGCCACAAUGAUGGGAGGCGUUUGAAAGCAUAGACUAAUAAAGAAGAAGGGGGCCAAAAGGCUCAGUUUGUUUGAGUAAGGAUAAGCGAACUGACUCUGACAUAACGGAAAAUUAUGAGUACAAUUCGGUCUACGGUUACUGUCUGAGGUUGUUAUUUAAAGACCCAAGUACCAUUGUCGUGAAAAAGAGAACGGAGUCUUGUCGUGACAAAGAAAGCGGACUGCGGUUACCCUAAAUAGAAGGUGAGCGCUAGCUGCUGUAUUAAGAUAUGAAAUGAAGAGAGAUACAGAGGAAGUUCUAGAAGCUUCGAGGGAACGAAACGGGGAUCGAAGCUACAAGAAAAAUGCGUUUGAACUUAUAAGAACAUUGAGGAUCCUCGC